GGAGUCCAGGCGGGCGCCAGCCGAGGGAGGGGGCGCGGUGGCUCUGGAGUCCAGCGCUCCCUCAGGCCGUGGACGUGAUGCUGGCUGCUGUGGGUCGGGCGGCUGGGCCAGCGGGGAUGUGACGGGCGGCCCCUCGCCUCACCUGCCGUCCUUUGGCCUGUAGGUCGCUGGGCGACCCGCAGCCGGGCCGCGGCUGAGGAGGCAGCGCGACCUCCGCACGAUUUUGUCAAAUUUUAAGAACAAAUGCACCAUAUAGCUCAUGGAAGAAAAAACACAAAUCAAGACAAAUUUGGGUUCCAAGUUGCCAAAGUAUGGAACAAAACUUGUAAGAAGUACACUGCAGCCAAUGCCAAAUGGAAAACCUGUUAAUUUAUUGGGAACUUCCAAGAGUAGCAAUGCCAAAAGUUACAUCAAAAAUAAUGGCUCUGAUUGUUCAUUGUCCCAUUCAUUUAAUUGGAGAACGGCAAAUAAAUACCAGUUUAGUGCACAAAGUCCUGAAGAGCCUAACGGUACUCAGAGUUCACAUGAUAAAGAAAUUGAUCCUGAAAAACAUGCACCUGCUCAAGGAAUGUUUGAUAAAAAUGGGUUGAAGGGAGGUUUGAAAAGUAUUUCUUUAUUCACAUCAAAGUUAGCAAAGACAUCUACUAUGUUUGUGUCAUCUGCAGAAGAGUUAAACCAAAAGUCUUUGUCUGGACCGUCCAAUUUGGGUAAAUUCACCAAAGGCACAUUAUUAGGAAGGACUUCAUAUGCUUCAGUCAGUGCUCCAAAGUCGCAGUUGAAUGGAUUUUAUGGAAACCGAUCAGCUGGUAGCAUACAGAGGCCUAGAGCAAACUCAUGUGCCACCAGAAGCAGUUCUGGAGAAAGCUUAGCACAAUCCCUAGAUAAUAUUAAAUCUCUUGCUUGUGAAAAAAUGGUUAGAUCACAGAGUUUUUCACAUUCCAUUCAGAAUUCAUUCCUUCCACCUUCAUCUAUAACCAGAUCACAUUCCUUCAAUAGAGCUGCAGAUCUUACAAAGCCUUAUCAGAAUCAACAGCUACCCAUUAGAGUGCCUCUGAGGUCAAGUAUGCUAACAAGAAAUUCUCGGCAGUCGGAAGUACUCAAUGGGAAUGAACAUUUAAGGUAUGGAUUUAAUAGGCCUUAUGCUGCUGGUGGAAAGAAGUUGGCUUUACCAAAUGGCCCGGGUGUAACUUCCACUUUGGGUUAUAGGAUGGUUCAUCCCUCUCUACUGAAAUCUGGCCGAUCUCUGUUUUCUGGGACUAUCACAGUUGAUGGUAAUAAAAAUUCACCGGCUGACACAUGUAUAGAGGAAGAUGCUGCACUUGUGGCUAAGGACAGAGCUAAGGAUAAGGACCAAGAACUAAUUGAAAAUGAUAGUUAUAGAACAGAAAAUGACCAGACCAUGAAGCAUGAUGCUAAAAUUAGAUACCUGGGUGAUGAUGUUGAUGACAUUUCAUUGUCUUCUCUGUCAUCUUCUGAUAAGAAUGAUUUAAGUGAAGACUUCAGUGAUGAUUUUAUAGAUAUAGAAGAUUCCAACAGAACUAGAGUAACUCCAGAGGAAAUUUCUCUCAAAGAAGAAAAGUGUGAAAAUGUACCACCAAAGGAUAUAUUUGAUUCCCCCAAGGAAAAUGAAAAAUCCUUCAGUAAAACUGAUGAGUGGAUAGAUAUAAGUGUCUCUGACAGGAGUGAAUGUUCAAAACAUGCUUCUGGAAACAACUUGAUUUCACCAGAUACAGAUUACAGAGCUGGUUCUUCAUUUGAACUCUCUCCAUCUGAUAGCUCUGAUGGAACGUACAUGUGGGAUGAAGAGGGCUUGGAGCCCAUUGGAAAUGUCCACCCAGUUGGGAGCUAUGAGUCCUCUGAGAUGAACAGCAUAGUAUGUAUGGAUUUAUAUACCAUUGGAACAUUUUGUUUACUUUGCCAUAGAGAGACUUGGGAUAUUGAUUGGAUUUUUUAAGUUUAUGAACUAACUUUCCUAGUUUGAGAAAUGGGAAUUCAUAUCUCUUAAAGGCCUACAAAACACCUGGUCUUAAUACAUAAUAAAGCAUAUAUUUGUAUAAUAUAGCACGAGUUAAAUAU